AUGGCCUGCUCUGCGUCUGCUCCGCCGGGUCGUGCCGCAGCAGCAGCCCUUCUCCUGCUGGCCUCCAUCGUCUGCUGCUGCCGCUCGGCGCCGCCGGGUGCGCUCGUGACGCAUCUCCCCGGGUUCGACGGCGCCCAGCUGCCGUCGAAGCACUACGCCGGGUACGUGACGGUGAACGAGACUGUCGGGAGCAGGCUGUACUACUACCUGGUGGAGUCAGAGCGCGACCCGGCCCGGGACCCCGUCGUGCUCUGGCUCAACGGCGGCCCCGGCUGCUCCAGCUUGGACGGCUUCGUCUACGAGCACGGACCAUUCAACUUUGAGUCAGGAGGGUCAGCUGGAAGUCUGCCAAACCUUCAUCUCAACCCUUAUAGUUGGUCCAAGGUGUCUAGUGUAAUAUACUUGGACUCCCCUUCCGGUGUUGGGCUGUCAUACUCAAAGAAUGUUUCAUAUUAUGAAACUGGCGAUCUUAAGACAGCUUCUGAUUCGCAUACUUUUCUUCUCAAGUGGUUCCAGCUCUACCCGGAGUUCCUGAAAAAUCCAUUUUACAUAGCUGGAGAGUCUUACGCCGGAGUUUAUAUCCCUACCCUUGCAAAUGAAGUGGUCAAAGGAAUCCACAAAGGAGAUAAUCCAGUUAUAAACUUCAAGGGCUACAUGGUUGGGAAUGGUGUAUGUGACAGCGCCUUUGAUGGUAAUGCUCUUGUACCGUUUGCGCAUGGAAUGGGCCUAAUUUCAGAUGAUAUAUAUAAGCAAGCAAAUACUGCAUGUCAAGGAAACUACUGGAAUUAUUCUGACAGUGGAGAAUGCACCGAGGCAGUGUCGAAAGUCGAUACGGUAAUCAGCGGAUUAAAUAUUUAUGACAUUCUUGAGCCGUGCUACCAUGGCACAAAUACCAAGGAAGUUAACUCACAAAAUAACAGAAUGCCUCAAAGUUUUAAAGAUCUUGGUGUAACUAGCAGGCCCCUUCCGGUAAGAACAAGAAUGAUUGGACGGGCAUGGCCUUUGAGAGCUCCUGUAAGAGAUGGGCGCGUUCCAUCAUGGCAAGAGCUAGCCGCUGGCACUGGAUCAUCAGUUAUGUGUAUGAGUGAUGAAGUUGCAACAACAUGGCUAAACAAUGAUAGCGUCAGAUCUGCGAUUCAUGCAGAACCAGUCAGUUCAAUUGGACCUUGGAUCCUAUGCACAGAUAAAUUGAUAUAUCACCAUGAUGCUGGGAGUAUGAUCAUUCAUCACAAAAACCUUACAAGCCAGGGUUACCGUGCUCUCAUUUACAGUGGUGACCAUGAUAUGUGUGUACCUUACACUGGGAGCCUAGCAUGGACCACAUCUUUAGGCUAUGGAGUCAUUGAUUCGUGGCGAGCGUGGUUUGUUAAUGAACAAGUUUCUGGGUACACCCAAGGAUAUGAAAAUGGCCUCACUUUUGCUACUAUUAAGGGUUCUGGGCAUACAGUUCCUGAGUAUAAACCACAGGAAGCAUUUGCUUUCUACAGCCGUUGGCUUGCUGGUUCUAAACUGUGA